AUGGAGCACGUCCUAGACCUCAUCUUGAGCCAUUCUUUGGCUUUCACAGCCUUUGCCUUGUCGCUGUUCACCGUCACUUUCUUCCUCAAGCGCUAUCUUCGCCUUCGCCAUGUUCCAGGCCCUCUCCUUGCAGCCUUGACAGACCUUUGGUUUGCCUACAGGUUCUGGACAGGCACGAAUUUUGAUCGGCUCGCCACAGAACUCCACCAAAAGUAUGGCCCAGUCGUAAGGCUCGGACCAAACCGCUUGAUCUUCAGCAAGGCGUCCGCCAUUCCUGUGAUACACAGAACAACUGAUGUCAUGCCCAAGUCUUCGUUCUAUCUUCCACUCCGAGUCAUGGUUCGAGGCCGUGAAACCAGCUCCUUUGGCAGCAUUCUCGAUGAAAAACGAAUGAGUGCCAUCAAACGUCUUCUGCUUGGAAAUUUCACCAUCAAUUCGUUUCUCCAACAAGAGGCGGAGCUCGAUCAUACAAUGUCCUCAUUGGUAAGAUAUCUCGAGGACACCAGAACCGACAUUGCAAUAGGCACCACGCUAGGGUACUGGGCUUUUGACAGCAUUUCGCGCAUUGCUUUGACGGAAGAUCAAGCCUUUCUGAGCCGACAGGAGGACUGCGGAAAUACUAUCAAAGGUGCAAACGAGCGCAUCACGCACUGGCAAUACUGGGGAGCCAUGCCAACGUUGGAACGGUGGCUGUUCAAAAACCCCAUCAUGCAAAGAAUGGGAAAGUCGUCGCCCUUGGGCGCUUCUGCUGCGCAACAGUUGCAGAAGAGACUGCACGAGGACAAGGAUGUGGAAAGUCAACUCGACCUCUUAGGGAAAUACCUGGCAGCUAGUCGAAGAGCACCCGAGUUGAUCAAAACUAAUGACGUGGUAGGCUUCCUGGUGUCGACCAUGCACGCCGGCAGCGAGCCUGUCGGACAGACUACGGCAGGCAUCCUCAUAACUCUGUUGCAGCAUCCGGACAAAAUGGCCAAGCUUGAGAAGGAAAUCCUCUCAGCGUCACUGAGUGAUAUGCCGCAGUUUUCGGAAGUGCACAACCUUCCCUACCUAAAUGGUGUCAUUCGAGAGUUUCUAAGGCUGAGCACAUCAAACGUGGGCUUCCUCGAACGGACAGUCCCCGAGCCCGGGGCAAUGAUCGAUGGCGUCUGGGUGCCUGGUGGCACUGAGGUCUCAGUCAGCAGGGCAGUAUUGCACAAAGAUGCCGAUAUUUUUGGAGCCGAUCCUGAGCAGUUCCAACCAGAACGAUGGAUCGGGCUCGGUGACGGGGAACUCAGGCGGAUGGACCACGCAGAUCUCAGCUUCAGUCUCGGACGCCGGAUGUGCAUCGGGCGCAAUUUAGCAAUGAUCGAGAUGAAGAAGGGACUUGCGCGGCUAAUCAAGACGUUCAAGGUUGUUCCCUCUGAUCCCAACGAUGACCUUCAACCGACCGUGCGGGGGCCCAGACGAGCAUACUAUAACACAAAAGUGAACUUUCUAAAGCGGGAAGUAGAGGUCACGGAAGAGAAGAAUGUAGCUUGA